AUGUCGCCAUACGAUGCACCUCUCCAAAGCAAAAUACGGCUAGAUAGCCAAAUUCCACUCGCCGAGAUCUCAUUCCCGUCAUACGCCUCGUCUGUCUCGCCAUCAUCGUCAGCAGGCCCACUCUCAAGUUCGCCGUCUCCCAGUCAGCGCCCGUUCAUUGAUUCAACAGAUCUCACUUCCUUGCACUCUGUCUAUAAUCCAACAUCACUCGCAGUGCACCUCGAUGAAAGUAGUAUGCCGUGCGGGGAGGCUGAGAUCCCCACUCGGCAAGACAGCAAUUUCCCUCGAACUCCAAACCUGAAAAGUCUGAUGUCUGGCUGCAAUGAUCCAUCGGCCUAUCAGCCCUGGAUAUUAACCUCGUCAACGGUUGGUGAACAAAUGAGCUCUCAAGCUCUUCCCCACAGUCCAGGCCCACAACAUUGCAGCACGCCAUUACCUGCCGAGACACGCCCACGAUGGACUACGGCGUUACAUAUGGCCGUCGCGCAGGGCAAUUUCUCGGUGAUGCGUCUUUUACUGAGCUAUGGAGCAGACCCCAACGCGGUCAACAGCGAAGGGGCUACGGCUCUUCAUGUUGGGGUGAUGAAUGGAAAUUACACGAUGGUGGCCGAGCUCCUCCAGCGGGGGGCUGAUCCCACUCUUACAAAUGCGGCGGGCUGGCUUCCACUGCAUCAGGCCGUUCAUGCGGGUGAUGAGGGAUUAUACUUGACUGGCUACAUGGUUUCUGGUCACAUGAUAUGCACGUUCGCCUCCCAAUGA